AAUUCGACCACAGGACGGAAGCAAGGAUCGUAGCCAACAAAACUGCCCUCGAGAUCUCGAGGGAGACUUGGAGGGCACUCUCUGGUGUUCUCCCCUCUAGGGUUUCUCAGAGGGGGAUCGAGAUCGAGAUCUCAAGUUUUGCGCUCCCUUCCCCCUUCGUCUUGGCUCGAGACUCCCCGGGCCAAGACUCGAUCGAGUUCGGGAAGGGCGGCGGUCGCGAUUUGAAUGGUGGAUUGGCCCUCGGAUUUGGGGCUUUUCUUGGAUUCUGUUGCUUCUUUCUGCUUCCCGAGGUUGAGAGGGUAAGGGGACGUGGGGGAUGGCGUCGCCGAAGAAGGAGGGGUUCUUGACGGAUGGGCAGAGGGAGGUGCUGAAGAUAGCGGCGCAGAAUGCGGAGGUGCUGUCCUCGUCCCCGAGAUCGCCGACUUCUUUGUUGUUUUCGGAGUACCACAACAAGGGCGGGGCCGGUGGGAAGGCUUCUACUGCUGUGAGGCAUGUAAGGCGGAGCCACUCCGGGAAAAUAGUGCGAGUGAAGAAGGAUGGUGCUGGUGGUAAAGGCACAUGGGGCAAACUCCUUGAUACUGAUUCGGACACACGCCUCGAUCGUAAUGAUCCAAAUUAUGAUAGUGGCGAGGAACCAUAUGAGUUAGUAGGUGCCACCAUUUCUACCCCUUUUGAUGACUACAAGAAGUCUGUAGUGACAAUCAUUGAAGAGUAUUUCACCACUGGUGAUGUGGAGUUGGCUGCCUCUGAUCUUAAAGAUCUCGGUGCUGACGAGUACCAUCACUACUUCGUUAAGAAACUUGUCUCCAUGGCAAUGGAUCGGCAUGACAAAGAAAAAGAAAUGGCAUCAGUUUUGUUGUCUGCUCUAUAUGCUGAUGUGAUCAGUUCAGCUCAAAUCAGCCAAGGUUUUGUCAUGCUUCUUGAGUCUGUUGACGACCUGGCACUUGACAUACUUGAUGCUGUUGAUGUGCUUGCCUUGUUCAUCGCCCGUGCAGUUGUUGAUGAUAUCCUACCUCCUGCCUUCCUUGCUAGAGUACAGAGAACGCUUGCUGAGUCCUCUAAAGGGUUUCAAGUUAUCCAGACUGCUGAAAAGAGCUAUCUUUCAGCUCCCCACCAUGCAGAGUUAGUUGAGCGACGUUGGGGUGGCAGUACUCACAUCACUGUUGAAGAGGUUAAAAGGAAGAUUACAGAUUUGUUGAGAGAAUAUAUUGAGAGUGGAGAUACAGCAGAGGCCUGUAGGUGCAUAAGGGAGUUAGGGGUUUCAUUCUUCCACCAUGAAGUUGUGAAGCGAGCUUUGAUACUUGCAAUGGAGAUCCCCACAUCAGAGCCUCUUAUUCUAAAGCUUUUAAAAGAAGCAGCAGAAGAAUGUUUGAUUAGCUCUAGUCAAAUGGCCAAGGGUUUCUCACGGCUUGCUGAGAGUCUUGAUGACCUUUCUCUUGAUAUUCCCUCUGCAAAAUCCUUGUUCCAGUUGAUAGUACCAAAAGCAAUUUCUGAAGGAUGGCUGGACCCUUCCUUCCUGAAGUUGGCAACUGCAGAUGGGGAAGGCAGAGAUGAUGAAAGCAAGAAGUUAAGAAGGUAUAAGGAAGAAGUGGUGACCAUAAUACAUGAAUACUUUCUCUCUGAUGACAUACCCGAGCUCAUUCGAAGCCUUGAAGACCUUGCCACCCCAGAGUUUAAUCCUAUCUUUAUCAAGAAACUAAUCACACUUGCCAUGGAUCGGAAGAAUAGAGAAAAGGAAAUGGCGUCUGUCCUGCUCUCUGCACUAAGUAUGGAAAUCUUUUCGAGCGAUGAUAUUGUUAAUGGAUUUAUAAUGCUUCUAGAGUCUGCAGAAGAUACUGCUCUGGACAUUUUAGAUGCCUCUAAUGAGCUAGCUCUGUUUCUAGCUAGGGCUGUUAUCGAUGAUGUGUUAGCCCCCUUAAACCUGGAGGAGAUUAGCAGCAAGCUCCCACCCAAGUGCAGUGGAAGCGAGACUGUUCGCAUGGCACGCUCGCUUGUUUCUGCUCGCCAUUCAGGUGAGAGGCUUCUGAGAUGCUGGGGUGGGGGCACAGGUUGGGCAGUGGAAGAUGCAAAGGACAAGGUUACGAAGCUUCUAGAGGAGUAUGAGAGUGGUGGUGAUGUGGGGGAAGCAUGUCAAUGCAUCCGUGACUUAGGGAUGCCUUUCUUCAACCAUGAAGUAGUAAAGAAAGCAUUAGUUAUGGCAAUGGAAAAAAAGAAUGACAGGCUUUUGGAUCUGCUACAAGAGUGUUUCAGUGAAGGGUUGAUUACCAUCAACCAGAUGACCAAAGGAUUUUCCAGGGUGAGGGAUGGUCUUGAUGACUUGGCCCUUGACAUUCCCAAUGCCAAGGAGAAAUUUCGAUCAUAUGUAGAGAAUGCUAGGAAGCAUAGCUGGCUCCUACCAUCCUUUUCAGCAGCUACUCCAUCGCCAGUUGCUGUAGCCACUUGAAGCAUCAGCUGAUUCUGCUGUCAUUUCGUGCUCUGGUUCCUCGCAACUUUUGCUGUUUGUGUUGGUACUUGUGCUUUGUAAGGCAGGAUUGGGAGAGAAUUUGCCAUGGCUUUGAUGAUGCUUUAUUGAGGAGUUGGCAUCUAUGCCCUGGGUACAAGGUAGCUACUAGAGGUUGGUUUUGGUUCUGUGCAGCACUUAUUAUGGGUAGAUUUCAGGAAAUGUUAGACAAAUGUUUUAAGGGUGUACUGAUAUUGCCAUGCAAAAAAAAAAAAAGUCUUGACCUGUAUAAAUGGCCUUUAGGUUAUAUACUUGCUACUAUUUUCUUUCAAAUUUGUGGUAUGAUUAUCAUCGGAGCAUCAAUUGCUAUUAUGGAAAAACCGUGUAAUCCUAAAUAAGAUGGAGGUUGGAUUGCUUUUGAUUCUUGGGCAAAGCUGGAUUUGGAGUCUUGCUGCGGAAGACUCUGGCCAGCCAGCCCUACUUGGUACCCUUGUCUCAUAUCUUGCAGUUCUAAAUAAUGGUUGGCUGCUUGGUUUU